AUGGCAAACGAAGAGGGAAGCUCUACACAGUUGGCUGAAGAACAAAUAAUUGAAGAUAUUAUCUCUGAAGAGGACGAUGGAUUCGCCUUCAAGCACCUUUUGCUCGAGGAAGACGAGGAAGAGGAUUUUGACGCCUUUGUUCAGAAGUACGGCGCAGUGAAAGUUAAGUACAUUAAAAAGCCGAAAAUAAAAGAAUGGUUUGUCAAUAAGCCAUACGCACUCAAUUUCUUCUAUAACGGCACUUUAUACAGAACUCGGUCUGAGCGUGGAGAAAGCGGUAAGGUGGAGCUGUUCCUUGACUUGCUGUACGUGGGAAUUGUGGCGAAGCUCGCUGCUUCUGCAACUGAAGAAGCUACUGGCGUGGCACUCCUCAAGUAUGUGCUAUUCUUUUUCCCAAUCUGGCAAGUCUGGUCCGACAUCAAGGACUUUAUGAACUACUACUUCAAUGAAGACCUGUCGCAGAAGCUUUACAUGCUGUGGAUUCUAUCCCUGCUUGUCGUAUACACCAAUGCAACGAACUACUUUUUGGAGUCCAAUCGGGCCAAUGCCGCAGUCAUAGUGCCGUACAUCCUGUGCCGUCUGUCUCUGGCCAUCAGCUUGCUCGUGUAUGCGGUUUACGUCCCGCAACACCGACACCAAAACAUCUUGUACGGUUCGCUAAUUAUAGUUACCUGCUGCAUCUGGAUCCCAGUCAUUUUUGUCGGUGUCCGUGUCAAGAUCGGGCUCGCUUUCAUGAACCUGUUCUUGGAGAUUGCGUCGUGGGUGGUCUCGUACCAUCCAUACACCAAACGGGUGCUCAAGCUGAAGUACAGCACAGCCAUCAACAUCGAGCACGAGGUGGAGAGAUUUGGAGCUUUCUACGUUAUUGCCAUUGGUGAGUUCCUGUACAGCAUCGUUGCAACGACCGCAGAGCACAAUUUCGGUGAAGGCGUGUCCGAAAAAGUAGGCCGUGCAAUUAUGCUCCUGAUCAUUGCAUAUUGUCUUUUAUGGCUCUACUUCAAUGGAGACGGGUCGAAAAAAGCCAUCCAUGCUGCAAGACGCUCAGGAAACACCGCGCUCUUAUGGUUCACCUUGCACAUGCCCCUCAUCAGUUCGUUGAUCUUGAGUGCAGAUGCGGCUGCAGAGCUGUGCUAUGCCGACGAGAUCGAGAAUCACGGACUUUCGUAUUACUUUACCGGCGGAUUGUGCGUUUCUUUAUUCUCGCUCUAUGGACUUGCAAUGCUGGACAAGUCGAUCGACGACCAGGCAGAGCAGCUAGGUCGCCAGGAUUGCGGAACGCACUAUGUUUCCAAAUUUUGGCGUCUUUUACCUCGUCUUCCGAUAGGAGUGAUCAUUAUUUGUCUCACUGUCGCAGAUCUGGAAAUCACCAAGCUUAUUGCGACCACCAUGUGCUUGUUUGUGGUUUUGCUGGCCUAUGAGAUUGGAAUGACCAUUAAUUGUUAUAAGGAGGAUUAA